AAAAAAAAAGAAAACUAUAUCAUUCUCAGUUGUCCUCUUUACGCGUGAAGACAUCACUCAAGAAAUCGCGUCAAGAAACCAUUAAAGAAAUCAUAAAUGAGAAGGAAACUAACAAAUUCAAUCUUAAUUUUAUAAAUUGUUAACAACAGUCCAACUUUCGCUUACUAACUGCCGGCGGCCGGAGACUGGACUUUACAUUAAUGGCAAUUGGGAAAAAAGACAAGGCAAUACGCAUGCCGGCGGGAACAUGACACCAUUCCGUUACUUUGCGACCCCCUGAUUUCAUGCUAUCUUACGCCACUGGUGCGAAAUUCGCCACUCCCCAACAACCUCGCUUUCAGAAGAAGAAUUAAUGGCAGUCUUCCUUAGUCUUCACUCGCUUUAUAAAAAGGCCUUUAUUCAAUGCGAAGACCUUUAACUUUCAGAUUUCGAAUUUUGGAAGAUGGGGAAGAAGAGAGUGAUGUUGCCAGCGAGUGAAGUUGACAUGACGACUGUGAAGUAUACAACUCAAAAAAUUCAAGCUCCAUAUCUGACUGGAUUUUGGUUAAAACUAUUUGUAAUGUUGGCUGAAACACCAAUUAUUGGUUCAAUGAUCAUGAUUUUCUUGCAGAAAAUGAACCGAGGAGCCGAGAGGUUCAAGAAUACCGUGAUACCAGAGGCUCCCAUGUUUGUACCUGAAUUUCCUCCUCAAGAGUCAGAACCUAGUGUUUUUGGCUUGGAAGAAGAUGGGAAACCUGAAGAACGUGUUGAGUUAGCCUUGCAGUGUCUUCCAGAUUACAAUCCAGGCUGUAUUUGGAUUACUGAUCCAGCUGCACCAUUCCGCUAUUGGAAGAUUCGUGAUUAUGCAUAUGCUUACAGAUCUAAGCUUACAGCUCCAUCUCAGGUAGCAGAGAGCUUCAUCUCAGCUAUAGAAGAGUCUAACAACCAGAAUCCACUGGCGCCGCUACUAAUUUCUUAUGAUCCUGAUGAAGUCAGAAGGCAAGCCGCUGCUUCCACACAAAGAUUUGAAGAAGGAAGUGAAUUAUCAAUCCUUGAUGGUAUCUUCAUAGCAGUUAAGGAUGACAUUGAUUGCUAUCCAUAUCCAUCAAAGGGUGGAACAACUUGGUUUCACGAGAUUCAUGAAGUGAAGAAGGAUGCUGUCUGCAUCUCAAGAUUACGAAAUUGUGGGGCAGUUUUGGUUGGAAAGACAAAUAUGCAUGAAUUGGGCCUUGGAAUAACUGGAAAUAAUACGAAUUUUGGGACAACCAGGAAUCCACAUGCUCCAGAUAGGUACACAGGCGGCUCUUCCUCAGGCUCUGCAGCUAUUGUAGCUUCUGGACUGUGUUCUGCUGCACUGGGAACAGAUGGAGGAGGUUCAGUUCGGAUUCCUUCUUCCCUUUGUGGUGUGGUGGGCUUGAAGACAACAUAUGGAAGGACUGACAUGAAAGGGUUGAUAUUUCAUUAUGGAACAGUGGCAAUUGUUGGACCUCUCACAGCAACUGUUGAGGAUGCCAUACUGAUGUAUGCUGCAAUUUUAGGAUCUUCUCCUGCUGAGAGAGUUUCUUUGAAACCGGGCCUCCCUUGUUUACCAAAUUUAAGUUCAAGUGAGAGCUGGUGCUCUCUGGGAUCACUGUGCUUUGGGAAGUAUACUGAGUGGUUCAAUGAUGUUUCUUCAACUGAAAUAUCUGAGAAGUGUGAGGAUGUUCUUAAUCAGCUAUCAGAAAAACAUGGGUGUAAAACGAUAGAGAUUGUAAUACCAGAGUUGCAUGAGAUGCACAAUGCACAUAUUGUUUCUAUUGGCUCUGAAGUACUAUCUCAGCUGAAUCCUUACGUUGAAGAUGGGAAAUCAGCGAGAUUAACAAAUGACGCUCGGAUAAAUCUGGCACUAUUUCGAUCAUUUACAGCGUCGGAUUAUGUUGUUGCUCAGUGUCUAAGGCAAAGGUUAAUGUAUUACCACAUGGAGAUUUUCAAGAAGGUGGAUAUCAUUGUGACACCUACUACUGCCAUGACGGCGCCCAUAAUAUCACCAACUGCUCUUACAGUUGGAGAGACCAAUAUGCCCAUUACAGACUCUGUUAUGAACCAUAGUGAUGACGUGGAGGACAGCAGGGCUAAAUCGGAAGAUAAUUUUAUUCAGCCUAGAAGGAGUAACCGUGUGAAAAUACCAUCUAAAAGAUUUGUUGACUUUGUCUAACAGAACGUGGGGCAAAGUGUGCGCUAAAUAUACGGCAAGUGGAGUAGGAAGUAUCUGUUAUAAAUCUAUUAUCUCUAUGCGUAGAAAAAGGAGGCUAUGGUGUUUCGUUGGAUCUCUAUUUCUCAUCUCUAUUUUCUUCUGUAAUUCUCUUCUCAUCUCUUCUCUGUUUCUUCUCAUUUCCUUGCAGUUUUUAUGUAAUCAGUAGUUGUUGUAAUCUAGUUCAGUAAUUAAUAUAGUGAUCAGUUGGUCGUUAUUGCGUUUGUUAUAGACUCCCAAACCUUCCCUCCCUCCCCGGGACAACAGUGAUUCCUCCACUUUUCCCUUGGUUAUUCGAACUCCAAAAAUUUUGGUUGGAAAUGAGAUGCUCUUACAACUGGAGUAACUUCUUGCACAUACUGAUUUAAGAAGGAUGGUCUUCUUUUUAAAAAUAUUCUUUACUGUGUGGCAACUGGUACCAGUGUGAAUUUUUAAAACUAUAGUUAGCUGCAAACUACUUAUGCAUUAUCCUCCUUUUUUUUUUAAUGAACUACUUUAUUAUUUUAUUUUGGAUAGGUACUACUUUACUGUUUACAAUCUUAUAUUAGUUU